AAUAAACUGAUUCUGGGUCAGCCCGUACAGAGAGCCGUGUUGAGGGAGGCAGGAAGUCAAACGGCUUACUACUGCGAUCCAAACUUUCAGACUUAACGUCGGAUAACAGACGGCCUGUUCGAAGUACAGAGACUCUGAACCUUCCCGCCUGUUUGCCAGCGAACCGCUUCCAGCGAUGGACAAACUCCGCCGUGUGUUAAGCGGCCAUGAGGAAAACGAAGAGUUGGGUCUCACUGACCAGAUCCUCGAUGCCAGCACGCUCAGCUACAGCACCAGGGUGAAAUGUUUCGUCAUAUGCUUCGCUGGAGGCAUCCUGUGUUCAAUACUCGGAUCAGCGCUGCUGUUCCUUCCGAAUGGCAUCAAACUAUUCGCUGUCUUCUACACUAUAGGGAACGUCGCCGCUCUUUCCAGCACCUGCUUCCUAAUGGGACCACUAAAGCAGCUGAAGCGCAUGUUUGAGCCAAAGAGACUGAUAGCCACCAUUGUCAUGCUGCUCUGCCUUGUCUUAACUCUUUGUGCAGUGUUUUGGUGGCAUAAAAAGGGCCUCGCCAUCAUCUUCUGUAUUCUACAGUUUUUGGCAAUGACCUGGUACAGCAUCUCUUACAUUCCAUUUGCCAGGGAUGCUGUGAUGAAAUGCUUCACAACCUGUGUGAGCUAGAACUCUUUAGUGCGCGAAUGUGAAGACUUGUCUUAAUAUGCAAACUGUAAGAACGGUAGCUCUGUAAAAUAUACUGUGUUGUCUGUGUUGUUUAUACGCUGUAUCUCCAGAUUUUUACUGUGGCUCGUUUCAUGCUGUGAAUCUCUUUUUAGGCUACACUUUAAUCAGACUAUAGCAUAUUUUGCUUUGUAUGUGGAAGAAAUGAGUGCAUUUAAUGCUUAAUAUAUUUAAAGAUUCCCUUAUGUUUGCCUUUUUCUUUUGAAGAUUUUAAAACAUUUUGCAUUGUGCAAGGAAAUUAUUUUGAAUGAGUGCCUUUAGCUUUGCUUACAGUAUUUGGUAUAUUACUGUGUAUGCAAUGUUUUAUGUUAUUAAAACACAUUGUAUGAGGCACUGUUGUGUGACGCUCUUCCAUGUUUCUGUAUAAAUAUUUUCCUUCAAGCAA